AUGAAAGCAUUUGCCGUUGGUGUACUCACCUUGGCUCUUGCUGCUCGCGCUGAUACCUCACCGCCCCAAUGCGGAGUGGCAGGCGAUGGAGAUGAUUUCUAUACUUCAUCAACAGUGAGCAACAUCCUCGAGUGUCAGUACCGCUGCAAGAGCGAUGCCAAGUGCCUUUCAUCUGAAUACCGACCCUCCAACGGCCGCUGCUGGCUGUAUGCUUUGCCUGUGGCAGAGGCAAAGACGAGAAACAACACCUCCGGGACCUGGAUCUUCAACGAUCGAGACUGCCUGGCCGCACCACCGGUCCCGCAAUGCAACAUCCCAGGCGAUGGGUCGGAUUAUUAUGCAUCGCCCACUGUGAAUUCCUUGGAUCAAUGCCAAACUGCGUGCAAGAACGAUGCCAAGUGCCUCUCAUCGGAAUACCGACCCUCUAACAGUCGCUGCUGGCUGUAUGCCGGGCCUGUAUCACAGGCAAAGACAAAGAACGACACUACAGGAACCUACUUUUUCUAUGACCGCGAUUGUCCAGUCGAUCCGCAGUGCAACGUUCCAGGCGAUGGAUCAUCCUACUACAGCUCAACGACGGUGAAGACCAUGGGUGACUGCCAGAACACUUGCAGCAGCGAUCCAAAAUGUCUCUCUUCCGAGUUCAAACCUUCCAACGGUGGCUGUUGGCUAUAUUCAGAGCCUGUGUCAACAGCAAAGACGAAAAACGAUACUACAGGAACAUACUUUUUCAACGACCGCGAUUGUCCCGUUGUAUCUACCGAUCCUGAAUGCAAUAUACCUGGUGAUGGAUCGUCUUACUACACAUCAUCAACUGUCAACACCGUUGGUGAUUGCCAAAAUACUUGCACCAAAGACCCAAAGUGUCUCUCAUCCGAAUACCGACCUUCCAAUGGCAGAUGCUGGCUGUACGCAGAGCCUGUAGCAACUGCAAAGACCAAAAACGACACCACAGGAACAUAUUUCUUUUAUGAUCGCAAUUGCCCUGUUUUACCUCCCGUUGUGCAAUGCAAGGUACCUGGCGAUGGAUCGUCAUACUACAAAUCAUUGACUGUCACGGGCGGCGUAUCGGACUGCCAGUCUGCCUGCAAAAAUGACGAUAAAUGUUCUUCGUCAGAGUAUAAGCCUUCUACCGGUAGAUGCUGGCUAUACGAGAGGCCUGUAGCCAUAGCAAAGACAAAAAACGACACUACGGGAACCUAUUUCUUUUAUGAUCGAGAAUGCCCUCUCCCUAUUUGUGGAGAGAACCGCGAUGGAUCGAGUUUCUACACAUCAAGCAAAGAGAGCAGUCUUAAGUCCUGUCAGUCUACUUGUAUUAAAGAUACCAAGUGUCUUUCAUUCGAGUACAAACCAGAUAAUGGCAACUGUUGGCUCUUUGCCAAGUCCGCAGCAGAGUCAAGCACUCCAAGUGCCGCAACCUGGGUCUUUUACGACCGCGACUGCGUCCUCCCUAACUAA